CCGCUGGUUGGAAAGUAGGGCUUUUGGAAGGGGGAAAUGGCAAGGGGCAAUCUUGCAAAAAAAAAGAGGAGCAAAAGAUGCCUAAGCAUAUCACGGCGCAAUGGGGGAAGGUAGAGCGAUCUUGGAGUCUCAUAUAUAUCACUAUCGCAUUCUUCGAAAUAUACCCAUCAGGAGGCCUAAUUGGGACGGACGGACAAGGCAGCAGGGCGCAGACAGGGUGGCUUUUCUAAUCGCAUCAACCAAAUUUUUUUGGUAUUCAUUCUCAGCUCAUCAAAAGACUUCUUCUUCUACUUCUAUAUGUUACUUUGUUCCUAGGCUUUCAACUCAUGUUUUCUUCCUGUUACAGAAAUUACCUAACUUUUCUUGUCGCAAGGAAGAAACUAUACCAGCCUUGCGAGGCACGUCAGCAUUCUCUUUCUUCUUCGGGUCGAUCUUCUUCCUGUCAGGAUCAAACAUCAUCUUAUUAUUUUCCUUUCUGUUCUAUUAUAGGGAGGGAUAUUUAUACUCCGGUGAUGGUCUGUGGACGUGUGGAGGGGGAGGGGCCUUUUCUUUCUUUGGUUCUCACGAGGCAUGAUACAAGGCACAGAAUUGGGAUAAAGUUUUCCUUGGUGAAGCACGAACCCGAA